GCGUCCCGCGGCGGUGAGUACGGGAGGAUGAUAGAUAGCUGAGUGUCCGUGUCUCCGUGUCCUGCAGCGGUGCUGGCGGAGGUGAUUAAGGCGUUCGGGGCGCCCGAAAACGCGCAGCGCAUGGAGGAGGCUCGGGACAACGCCUGCAACGACAUGGGCAAGAUGCUGCAGUUCCUGCUGCCUGUGGCCACCCAGAUCCAGCAGGACGUGAUCAAGGCCUACGGCUUCAGCAGCGAUGGCGAAGGGGUCCUGAAGUUCGCCCGCCUGAUCAAGUCCUACGAGUCGCAGGACCCGGAGAUCGCCAGCAUGUCGGGCAAGCUCAAGGCCAUGUUCCUGCCACCCAUGACGCUGCCGCCGCACGGGGCCGGGACUGGCGGAGUUGCCGCUUCCUGAGCAUUCCCGCGGAGCAUUCCCGCGGAGCAUUCCCGCUGCUCCGGCUGGUGCCUUCCUUCCCAAGUGCAGGUCCUGUCAGCCCUGGGAAUGGAGCACUCGAACAAGGGAGAUGCUGACCUGGAGGGAAUGGGAUGCUUCGUGCCCUCUCGUGUGUCCGCUCGUGAAUAAAACGUGUGUUGAAAAUG